CAUUGUGCAGAUUCUAACUGCCAGCCUUACAAUUGGCAAGCCCCAGAGGCUCAGUGGUUUAGACACCUGCGCCCUGUGGAGAGCCAUCUUCCAGUAUCUCAAGGGCUGUCACAUGAAAGAUGGAGCAAGCUUGUUUUCUCCUGCUUUGAAGGGCAGGACUCGAACCCAUGGCUUCAAGUUACAAGAAACACCAGGAGGAAGACAAUAAGAGCCCUUUGGCAGUGAAACGGUCUCUGCUUCCUGGGAGGUUUUUAAGCAGAGCCUGGGUGGCCAUCUGUCAUGGAUGCUUUAAUUGAGCUUCCUGCAUUGUAGAGGAUUGGACUAGAUGACCCUUGGGGUCCCUUCCAACUCUACCAUUGUAUGAUUCUCUGACAUUCUUGCCUGUGCUUCAGCUAUUGAUAUUCCCCACCCUGAAGAUUAGUUCAGGGUGUGACCAAGUGUGACUGCGGGCAGCAUGUUAACUCCUUACAAGCCUGGACAUGUAUAUCGGCUGCCUCCCAAAGUUUCAUCACGUCAGGACAGACAACCCAGGGUGGUGCAUGCUGUUUAUGGGGUGGGGCUGAGCAGAUAUGCUUCAAAGAAAUAAAAGGGGACAUCUUCAUGCCACUAUUUAUUCAAAUUUCUAGGGUGUUUACCUGAUAGUCUGUCUGCAAAGAGAGCCCACUUGACUAUUUGGGCAGAAGGAAGGCAUAGAUGUGGCCACAAGUCGCUCCCUGGCCAGUUUCUGGCAAGUAGAUGUAACCAUUCCAGUCUGGGAGCAUCAUUUCAGCUGCCAAGAGAGUCGACUGUCCUCCCACAGAGGAGAAACCCUAAACUGAAAUUCAUAUUCCCAGUUGCUGGCUUUGGGAUUAAAUUCACAGCAACUGUUGAAUUUAAUAUUGAAACAAUCCCAUAGCAUUUAAAGGUAAUAUCCUGUCCCUGGUUCCUGCCCAAAUUGUGUCAGCCAUAUGCGUUUUGAACGACAAGCCUCCUGUAGCCCCCACUGCUUGCAUGUGGGGCUCUGACUUGUCCCGAGAGCUGCUCUUACGGCUGCCACAGGACCGCUUCCUUUGCGGUUCCAUGAGUUCCUGAGUUCUUUGCAGUCUCUGCUCCCUCCCUGCUCACCCCCGGCACCCAGGCACAGCUAACGGAAAAUGAUCUGAAAGUGCUCCUCUGAGGCAACCGACUUCCCAGGGAUGUGGUUUCUGCCCAGCGGGUGUGUGCAUGUGCUUCAACCUUGACAUUUUGAGAAGCAGGAAGCCAGAGGAGAUCUGCUGAAGAUGGGCAAGCAGGUGGUGGCUCUUGCUCCCGUGAAGCCGCUUCUCCCCUCUGCAACUGGCUCCUCUGAGAUGUCAAGGAGCGGGUGCUAGAAGGCUGGUGCUGGUCAGCAGCUGCGGCCCUCAGGCUUCCUGCAGCCCACCCGAGACUGGCAGCGAUGAGCCCAAACUGCACCAACUGCACCCGUCCAACCGACCAGGCCUUUGCUGGCAUGUACGCCCUUAUCUUUGCGGUCGGCCUCCCUCUGAACAUUGCAGCGCUCUGCAUCUUUGUUCUGGGCCGCGCCGGGCGCUCCAUCACCAUCACCUACAUGAAGAACCUGGUGGCCUGCGACCUGCUGCUUCUGGCCUCGCUGCCGCUGAGGGUCCACUUCUACGGCUGGCGGCCUCGGCUGCCUCAGCUGCUGUGCGAAGGGGUGGGCACACUGCUCCUGGUCAACAUGUACUGCAGCAUCUUCCUGCUGACCUGCCUCAGCUGGGACCGCUGCCUGGCCGUCUGCUUCCCGCUCAGUCCGAGGGCCCAAGCCGCGCGCCAGCAGGCCAGGUGCAUCUGCGCAGGGGUGUGGGCCUUGAGCGUCGCAGGGACCAUCCCCACCUACGUCACACAGAGGAAGCAGGGGCAGCGCAUGCUCUGCUUCGACGAACGCCCCCACUACAUCUCGGCCCGCGGGGUCCCCACCGCCAUGGCGCUCGCCUUCGCCCUGCCACUGGCCAUCAUGGUGAGCUGCUCCUGCCAGCUGCUGCGUGCCGUGCACCACAGCGGGGCCGUUCAGAUGGAGUUGGUCAACGGCACAAAGAUCCGUCACAUGGUGGUGACCAACGUGGGCAUCUUCCUGGGCUGCUUCUUGCCCUACCACAUGGCGGUUCUUCUGUACCAGGCACCGCAGCUGCAGGGGGAGUGCUUGGACAUGGCCUACCAGUGCGCCCUGCUCCUGGCCUGCGCAAACGCCGCCCUGGACCCCCUGGCCUAUUACUUUGCCACAGAGACCUUCCAGCACCUGGUGCCAUUGGAUUACCUGCUCAGAGGCUGGGGCUCCCACAGCAACCCACAGCAACAACACAGCUCCCACAGCAACAACGCCAGGGGCACGGGGAACCUUGGCCAGCCCUUGAGGGCCCAGGGUCUCCUUGGGCUGCCCUCGGGUGUGGAGAUGCUACCCUUGGAAGGGGCAGAGGCCACCAGGGCAGAGGGAAACGGCAGCACAAGCAUUUGUGAGGUUGCAGCUUGACUGGCACAGUUGUGGGUGUCUGGUCCUGCCCUGCUGCUCAAGGAAGGUGGUGCCAGACGCAUCAAGGCCGCUCAUGCCAGGAGGAAAGGCUCCCCCAGGGGGUUGGGAAGGGUACAGAAUCCUUGAGCUGUAGAGCUGGAAGGGCCCCAGGAGACAUCUAGCCCAGCCCCCUGCAAUGUAGCAGAGCUGGUCCCUUCAGUCUCCACAACGGCUUCAUGGGGGCAAGAAUUGCCAGAGAAGAGUUGCUGUGCUCCUUAGCCCUGACGCUCCUGGGCGGACCCUGCUUUUUCUAAUAAAGAGUUCACCACUUGCUUCCUGUGA